AUGAGCACCUUGGACCAGUCUUUUGUUAAAAACUCCGUGUGGAAACCAGACCUCUUUAAAGGUAAAGUUGCAUUUGUCACUGGUGGUGCCGGCACCAUCUGUAGAGUGCAAGUUGAGGCGCUUGUGCUUUUGGGUGCCAACGCUGCCAUCAUUGGCAGAAACCCAGAGAAAACCGAGAAGGCUGCUGCCGAGAUCCAGGCGUUGAGACCAGGUGCCAAAGUGAUUGGCAUUGGUAAGGUCGACGUGAGAGAAGUGGAGCAGUUGGCUGCUGCGGCUAAGAAGACUGUUGACGAGUUGGGUAAGAUCGACUUUGUCAUUGCUGGUGCUGCGGGAAACUUCCUCUCUGACUUCAACCACUUGUCUGCCAACGCCUUCAAGUCUGUGGUGCUGAUUGACUUGUUGGGCUCGUACAACACCAUUAAGGCCACUUUCAGUGAGCUCAAGAAGAACAAGGGUGUGAUUCUUUUCGUGUCGGCGACCUUGCACUACUACGGUGUGCCCUUCCAGUCGCAUGUGGGUGCGGCCAAGGCCGGUAUCGACGCCUUGUCGAACGCCUUGGCUGUUGAGCUCGGGCCCUUGGGCAUCAGAUCCAACUGUAUUGCUCCUGGCGCUAUCGCCGGCACCGAAGGUUUCGACAGAUUGGUGCAGUCGGGCUCGGAGGAGGGCCAAAACAAGGUUCCUUUGGCCAGAUGGGGUACCACGAAAGACAUUGCUGAAGCCACUGUCUACUUGUUCUCGCCAGCUGCAUCUUACGUCACUGGUACCAUCCAGGUUGUCGACGGUGGUUUCUGGCACCUUGGCUCGUUUGCCGGUGACUUUUACCCUUCUGUGAUCAAGCAGCAGAACAGUAUCGACAACCCAAAGUUGUAG